AUGAAAGCGUGGGAAUGGAAUAAAAUGCUUGGCCAUGAAACUUUCAAUGAUCGUAAUGCUACCACUCCAUCCAAUCCAAUCCGCUUCUUAUGCCCUAAGCCUAUGCCCAUGCCUCUCCACCCAAUCGUCGAAUGGCUUUACUUCAAAGAACAAUACCCACACAACAGCAUGAACCUCUAUCGCCAUUCCGAUUUUUCCCAUUUGUGGCUCCCAUUUCUUUUCUCCCUUGGGGGGUAUCUAGCAGAUCUCAUCAUAUCACGAAUGAAGUUUUUCUUUUUGUUGCGUCUCACAAGUCACCAACUUAUGGCAUCCAUCCCUCGCUAUCUCUCCCUAAGAGGACAUCAUCAUCAUCAUCGUACUCCUUCCUCUAGCCUCAUCGCCAUCCCCAUCCGCAUCGCUAUGCAUGCAAGCAUUUCAAAUCAUUCAUUCGGUCGUCAUGUCGGUAAGAGUUAA